UUGAAUAGAUUAUAUAGGGAAAGACGUCGUUUUUCAUGUAUCAAACAUUUUGAAAUUGUUAAAAUUAUAAUCAAUCGAUCGUUCCAUUUUUAUAUAUUCACAUACAUUAGUUGGAAAUUGCCAGUUAUAAAUCUGCAUCUGAAAAAAGGGAAUUAAGUGUUUCAGAUAUAUGUUUAACUAAUAAUUUAGGAUAUCAAAGAAUAUGAAGAAAAAGAAUAAUAUUUUACAAACAAUAUUGGGCUUAGUUACAAUUAUGGUUCUCAUAGCUGUUCUGCAAUUAAUUUUGUUUUUUAUUCAAAUUCAAAAGAGUGUUUUGUUCUACCAGAAUAACAAUGACAAAGAGCCAUCUUUUAGAUAUUUAACAGAUACACGGAAUCAACAGGACAAAACACAAUCAACUCCAAGUCGUUCCUUAUUUCCAAGAUUUAAUUUGGACGAACUAUACCCAAACUGGACAGAAAACGCUUCACUGUGGAAAUUACAAGGCGAUACGAAUAAACGAUAUUUAACGUUAGGUAUGGUGACGGCAAAGCGACGAAACAACACUGUUUACCUCUUCGAUACGUUGAGUUCUCUCAUUACAAAUGCUAAUGGUAAGGAUUUGCUGGACAUCUACAUCAUAAUAUUGCUGUCUGAUUUUGACGAAGAAUGGAGAAAAAACAUAUCUUCCACAAUUCAAAUUAAAUACCCUGACGAAGUCAAAAAUGGAACAAUACAAAUAAUAACAAGCUUUCAUUGGAUGUAUCCAAGGUUACAGAAUCUCACUCACCAUUAUAUAGGUCAUUCGCAAAAUAAAGUCGAAUGGAAAUCAAAACAGAACAUAGACUUUGUUCUAUUGUGGUUGUAUGUAUUCAAAUCGAAACUCUCACAUUAUUAUCUUCAUCUUGAGGAUGAUGUUGUAACAGUUCCAGACUAUAUCAAAAUUAUGAAAAACUUUGUCAAUCACCAAAAAAAAAGAUGGACAUGUUUAGAGUUCUCGGUUCUAGGAAUGAUAGCGAAAUUGUAUCAUACACAAGACCUAGAUGCACUAGCCAAAAUGGUAGCUUUAUUUUACGAAGAACAGCCUGCAGACGUAACUUUUCUUUAUUUCAAUCCUCAAAUGCUGCAAUUUAGACGUAUUGUUAGAAAACCAACUAUUUUUCAGCAUAUAGGAAAAACUUCGUCACUUCAGGGCAAAAUAAUGUUAGCGAAAGAUCAAUUCUUUAUGGCAAAUUUUCGUAAGACGUUGAAAGGAGAAAAUCCACCAGCAACGGUAUUGACCAAUUUAAAAUUCCGCCCUGAAUAUUCACCUGAAAAUGCAUACAAUACAGACUUUGGUUACUUUUCCUCCGAAGUUGGUCCGAAGAAAAAUGACUAUUUUAAAGUUGUAUUUAAAACACCUCAGGUUAUUCAAAGAAUUGUUGUCAAAUCUGGGUUAGAUAGAUUUCCAAAAGACAAAUUUUACAAUGCAGUAUUAGAAGUCAGUUCUAGAACUGAUAAAACCAACGAUUGCACAGACUACAACAUUAUAGGAAAUUUUGUGAAUGGAACAAUUGAUGUUCAAAACUUUACUAAGAGAGCAAAUACAAAUAAAACAAAGUGUAUUCAAAUAAGAGUUCUGAGAUCUCAAAAAUUUUGGGUAAUAAUUCCAGAAAUAUCAGUUUUUCUUAAGCGUUAAACAGUUUUAAAUAAUAAAUGAUUAUUUCAAAGUUAAAUUAAACACACCUCAUGCUUUUCGAAGAUGUUUGGUCAAAUCAGGGUUAGAUACUGGUAAUAAAAAGACAAAUUUUGAAAUGUAGUAUUAGAAGUCAGUUCUACAACUAAUAAUACCAACGAAUGUACAGACUUACAUGUUAUAGAAAAGUUUGUGAAUGGAACAGUUGAUGUUCACAACGUUAUAAAUAUAGAUAAAACAAUUAAAACCAAUGUUUAGAUUUCGGAAUGCUGUGGAGUGCUCCGAUGUAUCAUACUUUUAAGUAAGAUGUGGUUAUUGGGGUUGUUUAAAUGUGGGAAAUGUGUUACUUAUCUCCUUUGUGCAUAUACUCAUACGUCUGGUAUUAUGAGUCCGUUUUAGAUGGGACGUCUCAUGGUAUUUUUUCUAUGAAUAUGUCCAACAAAAAGUUCAAAUUUGUUUAUUGUUUAACCACAUAAUUUAAACGGUAUAUAAGGAUUAAUAUAAGAAAGAAAGCUUCCAUUUGAUUUAAACACAAAUUUGGUGGUUGCAUUAUAGAGAUACCAUAAUAUUUUGAAAAUUUGUGAAUUGUCAUCCUACAAUUGGGUGAAACCUUCGGAAACAUGAAUUUUCUUGGUUCAACAAAUCUUUAUAUCCCUCACUCAGGCCAGAGAAAUAAAUGUAUAAUAUUCUACAUAUCAUGCACCAGAUCAAGUAUGCUUGGAUUGAUUUAGAACAAACAUUAUAAUAUUAUUUGUAUUGGUGAUUCAAGACUCGCUUUGGUUUUUGAAAGCUUUAAGGUUUGUCGUUCCAGAGUAUGGGAUUUUUAACAGCCAUGUCUGAAGACACAUUUAUUUGUAUGUGGAUAUUCUGGUGCACAUUUCCCAACACAUCCAUCUAACUAACUUGUUAUUAGAUAUUCCACAUCAUUCUCACAAAAGUUCUAAUGUGCAAAUCGGGGUAUCAUGUGCUCUUGGCGUAACCGUUUUUGACGUAUUGUUUGGCCUAAUAACAUGGAAUACAUGUACGUGUAUUUUGACAAAAUUAUUAAAGAUUAUUGGCAGAAAUGUGUAUUUAAGCUGUUCGUUUUAUGAGCACUCAUAAACGUGUUCAUGUAUGUCUCUCCUCUUAUUUAUGAAUACGAAUUUGCCGCGACAUUAUAUAGCAAGGUAAACCAGUAAAGGCAAACUUGUUUGGCUAUCGAGUAUCGGAUGAAUCUUGAAUACCAAUACAGUAAUGUUUUCCGUAUUGAAUAUCUUCUCCUUUCCGGGACAUGUUUCUAAUUCUAUAUAUCAUUUUAACCAAUAUAAUCUAUCCCACAUCAUAAGGCACCCAAUGAGUUCCGAUAUCUGUUUAGCAAUAAUUUCAAGAUGUCAUAAAUAUCGUAUGAAACUAAUAGCUUCGCACCUGGACGAAAAGAAACACAUGCAUUUUUCAUGAUUUUGUUUUGACACAAUGCAUUAAUAAAGAAUGGUCUUAUACCAUUAUAUUGCUUAUCAAGAUUGAAAUAAAAGCACAUUUUAAAGACAGUAAUCUUAAAUUAUAUGGCAUACUAACCACAAAAGAAAGAACAUUACCACUUACUUAAUUUUUCAAUGACUUAAAUAUUAAAUGUGAAUCAAUAUAAUCAAAACUAUUCAUGUUAUACUUUGUUUAAUCUAUCUUUAUUUUAUUUUUCAUAUAAUAAUGUCUGUUAUUAUUACGCUCAUUGUUGGCGACGUGAUUUGAAAAUAAAAUAUUUUGAUGUUUG